AGGAAAAAAAGAGUGUGAGUGGGAAAGAGUCUAAAACAAACUGCCAGAGAGUGCUGUGCAGCGCGAGUGUGUGUUGUGGUGGUGGCGGUGGUGGAGUGUCAGUACAGUCAGCUGAGGGGUGGGAGGAGACAGAGUGGUUGCUAUGCUGGAUUGGCCCUCACUCUACCAUGCACCCUCAUGGGGAAUGGAAGCAGAGCAGCUCCUGAGCAAAAGGAGUGGGGGGCGGGGAGCGGAGGAGAAGGACAGCAACACACAUCCACAAACACAGAUAGUAGCAGCAGCAGCAGCAGCAGGAGCAGGAGGAGGACUAGGAGGGGCAGCAGCAACAGCAACAGACGCUGCCACACACCACUACUACUGCGACAGAGAGAGAGAUGCCCGGCUGUCAGCGCUGAAAUCUUUAAGUGUCCGUGUCACCAGCAAAAACUAACGGCAACACAGCAACACAGCAGCACGGCUGCAAGCUGAGGGAGCCAUCAAGCAGUUGCAGUGGUUGCGGCGGCAGCGGCAGCAGAGGCAGCACCGCAACCACCACGGAGCACCUGUCCGGGGACUUGCAGCCUCACUAAUGUUUAACCUCCUCCAUCUCACCAUGCCCCACCGAGCAGGCUCCUAAGGAAGUGAGUCCAUUUUGCGUCUGGCCAAUGCUGGCGAUAGCAUGCCCCAGCUUGAGGACACCAAGUGCAGCUUUCUCUUCUGCCUGGGGAUAAGCAUCUUCAUCUGCUCCGUCAUCUACCUGAAGGCCACGGGGUUCGACACGCCUCGCGCCCAGAGCCACCUCUUCACGCGCAGGUCUUUUCCCCAGCAGUGUCAGGUCCUGGGGCACAGCAGGAACGAAACAGCCAAGUGGCAGAGCGCCCAGUGUCACUUGGAUGGCUACUCCUCGACGUCGACACUGAACUGCUCUUACUUAUGGUCCAACUGUCGCUUCAUUAACCAGACUCUGAGCAAGGAGGAAGAAGAGUACCCGCUGGCCUUUGUCAUCACAAUACACAAAGAGCUGGAGACGUUUGCCAGGUUGCUGAGGGCCAUCUACGCCCCACAGAAUGUCUACUGCAUCCACGUGGACCAGAAGGCUACCCUUGGCUACAGGAAGAGCGUGGAGCUCCUGACUGGAUGCUUCCACAACGUGUUCAUAGCCACGCAGAGCGAGAAGGUGACUUACGGCGGCUUCUCCCGGCUGCAGGCGGACAUCAACUGCAUGAGAGACCUGCUCAAGUCGUCCGUGCACUGGAGGAAGGUCAUUAAUCUCUGCGGGCAGGACUUCCCCAUCCAGAGCAACCUGGAGCUGGUGCGGUACAUGCAGAGCAAGGAGUGGCGUGACCGCAACAUGACGCCUGGGGUCAAGCAGCCACAGGACAAACACUACCGCACCGAGUUUCGUUACGAGGCGCGGGGAUCGUACAUGACCAAGCUGAGCUAUAAGAAGGGACCACCGCCGCAAAACCUCCAGAUUUACUUUGGCACCGCUUACUACUCGCUCACCCGUGAGUUUGUGGAGUUUGCACUUGAGAGUUCCAUAGCCAGAGACCUCCUGGAAUGGUCUGAGGACACCUUCAGUCCAGAUGAGCACUACUGGGUCACACUCAACCACCUGACCGAUGCGCCAGGAAGCCAUAUUUAUGGAGGUUGGGAGGGGAACAUUCGAGCCAUAAAGUGGCGGGACCAAGAAGGGACAGAACACAAUGGCUGCAAAGGACAUUACAUCAGGGAGAUCUGUAUCUACGGAAUAGACGAUAUCCCCUGGGUCAUCAGCAAGCAGAGCAUGUUCGCCAACAAAUUUGAGAGUGAAACCUUUCCAGAAGCUCUGGAUUGUUUAGAACAGUGGCACCGUGUGAAAGUGCUACGGCAAGCGGCAGUGCCCAUACAGCCCGGGUGGCACCUGGCAGAGGUGGUGGACACCUGCCAACACUGGAACCGCACAGCAGGACAGACAAAUAACCCGCUGUGCACAAGGUAGCUGACGGGGAUCAGCGCUUCACAGACAGUGAGCUGUGGAAAGCCUUCCAAAGGGAGCGACCGCACUCAGUUCAGCUCAUGAAAAACAUACAGAUGUACAACAACGGACCAAGGGGAAAUUAUGAUUCCAUGCAGACACCGUUUUGAAAGGAUAUGUCCACUAUUUACCACAUCUAGCCCAUUUUCUAAGUUGUCUGAAAUGCAAGAGAGCACUGGUAUUACACAAAAAAGUUUUGCCCAUCCCAUUUAUUCUUUCAUUUACAAAAUGAAAGACAAGGCAUCAUAUUUCGCUAUCAAACUUGUUAGAUGAUACCAGUGAACACCACAAACCACUCAGCGAGUUGCACAUUUUUGAAAAUGAAUGUUUAGGGUUUUAAGGACCGAUAUGGACAUGCCCAUAGACAGCCAUUCCAAAGCAGGUUGAGACAAAAAUAAUGGAAUGCCAACUAAUGGAGCCAUAAGCAAACAUCCA